AUGGACAAUCACACAGCAGUGACUACAUUCCUUCUGUGGGGAUUUUCCAGUUUCCCAGACCUACAGUAUCUCCUUUUUGUGGUGAUUUUCUUCUCCCAUGUGACCAUCCUUGCUGCAAAUGUGUCCAUAAUGGUGGCCGUUAAGCUCAGCCACAACCUUCAUACCCCCAUGUACUUUUUCCUCUGUGGCCUAUCUCUUUCAGAAACCUGUACCACUAUGGCAAUCAUCCCCCGCAUGCUGGCAGACUUGCUAUCAGAGACCAAGACCAUUUCUCUCCCUGAGUGUGCCACACAGAUGUUUUUCUUUUUUGGAUUGGGAGCCAAUAACUGUUUUAUCUUAGCUGCCAUGUCCUAUGACCGCUACUCUGCCAUCCACCACCCACUGCACUAUCCCAUCCUGAUGACCUGGAAGAUCUGCUUUCAGCAGAUGGUGGCCUGUUUUGUGGUUGGGCUUCUGGUCUCUCUGUGCAUUGUCAGCAUAGUAUUCCAUUUGUCUUUUUGUGACUCUAAAACCAUCCAGCACUUUUUCUGUGACAUCACACCUGUGGUCUCCCUUGCUUGUGAUUAUACCUCCCUUCAAAAAAUGGUUCUUCUUGCAUUUACUGCCUUUGUCCUGGUGGGCAGCUUUAUUUUGAUCAUGAUUUCCUAUGUCUUCAUUGUGUCAGUAAUUGUAAAGAUGCCUUCUGCAGGGAGGUCUAAGGCCUUCUCAACUUGUUCCUCUCACCUCACUGUGGUGUCCAUACACUAUGGAUUUGCUUCUUUUGUCUAUCUGAGGCCCAAGAAUAAUGACUCAUUCCGCAAAGAUAUGCUGGUGGCUGUGACAUAUACAGUGCUGACACCUCUGCUCAAUCCCAUUGUUUACAGUCUAAGAAACAAAGAAAUGCAGACAGCCCUAAGGAAAGUACUAGGCAAUGCAAAUAGAUUUAUCAGUCCAAGCGGAAAUAAGAGAACCCUGAAUCUUUAA